AUGUCGUCGCUGGAACAGAGGCUGUCGCGAAUCGAGGAGAAACUCAAGCAGGAAAACGAAGAGGCUCGGCGGAGUAUGGACCUCAAGAUCGAUAUGAGUCCGCAUAGAUCCCACGCGAGACCAAUCAUCGUGAUCCAGCUCAGUCCUGCUCCAGCUCCUUCCCAGCGUGCAGCCCUUCAGCUGCCCCUGGCCAACGACGCAGGAAGCCGCUCAUCGUCUUCAGAGAGCUCGCCUCAGCACCACCCCUGUCGCCCCAGACACAUGCUCACCCUCCCCACCCCACAGUACGGCCUACAGAAGAGUCUCGAAAAUGCAGAGAUUGACCAGAAAUUGCAAGAGAUCAUGAAACAAACGGGUUAUCUUAAAAUCGAUGGACAGAGGUAUCCAGCCGAGGUGACGGAUUUGAUCAAUGAGGGGGAGAUUGGCAGCGGGACCUGUGGGCAGGUCUUCAAAGUGCGUUUCAAGAAGACUGGUCACGUCAUUGCAGUCAAACAAAUGCGGCGAACAGGCAAUAAGGACGAGAACAAGAGGAUCCUGAUGGACCUGGAUGUGGUGCUGAAAAGUCACGACUGCCCUUAUAUCAUCCAGUGCUACGGUGCCAUAGUUACCAAUACAGAUGUAUUUAUUGCCAUGGAGCUGAUGGGAACGUGUGCUGAGAAGCUGAAGAAGAGAAUCCAAGGCCCCAUCCCAGAACAAAUCUUAGGAAAAAUGACCGUUGCAAUAGUAAAAGCCUUGCUGUAUCUGAAAGAGAAGCACGGUGUAAUCCACCGUGACGUUAAACCCUCCAACAUUCUCCUGGAUGCGAAAGGUCAGAUCAAACUGUGCGACUUUGGCAUCAGCGGACGCCUCGUCGACUCCAAGGCAAAGACUCGCAGCGCCGGCUGUGCUGCAUACAUGGCGCCCGAGAGAAUAGACCCUCCUGAUCCCACCAAACCCGACUACGACAUCCGAGCGGACGUAUGGAGCCUUGGAAUCUCUCUGGUGGAGCUGGCCACAGGACAGUUUCCCUACAAGAAUUGCAAGACAGAUUUUGAGGUUCUGACCAAAGUGCUGCAGGAAGACCCCCCUCUGCUGCCUCUCAGCAUGGGAUUCUCCCUCGACUUCCAGUCCUUCGUCAAAGAUUGCCUCACUAAGGAUCACAGAAAAAGGCCAAAAUACCACCAGUUGCUGGAGCACAGCUUCAUCCGACGCUACGAGGUGCUGGAGGUGGAUGUGGCCGGUUGGUUCCAGACGGUGAUGGAUCGCACAGAGUCGCCUCGCAGCAGCCAAUGUUACAGCCAUCAGCACCAGCUCCACUCCUCGCUCUUCAGCAGGUAGCCUGUAGAGAACCCCUCGCCCGCCCUUAGCUCAGCUGUCCUCCCUAAUGUAGUCUAGCCUCAGCCUAAAGAAGCUAAGCCUAGCCUUAGACUCUGUCCACCGAAGAAGCCCUCAAAGAGUGGGAGGAUGAUGACGACGACGACGACGACGAGAUAUUUUUUUGGGGACGGCCGAUCUGACGGAGGGAGGGACUGAUGGAUGGAUAGCAUGUUCAAUCUGGACAGGCAGACAUGGGAGGGAGAUGUGCACUGUAGUUAGUUAGCUGCGUUUGUGCGCAGCUACAGUCAUUAUCAUCACACCUUCGUAAACGUGUCACUUUUUAGUAGUCGCUUAGCAACGAGUGUUAUCCAAGCCACUGUUACGUGUAUGUGUUGAGUUUGUCCAGAUAUGAAUACACGGUCAGGAGUCAUCAAUAAUUUUGAAUACUGGAGAAAACUUCAUUUAUUUCACUACUUCAAUUAAAAAAAGUGAGACUCAUUGUAUAGAUUCACUACACACACUGAAUUAUUUUUAUUUUUUUAAAUAAUUUUGAUUGUAGCUUACAGGUCACGAAAACCCUCAUCUCAAGAAAUCAGGAUAUUACAUAAACAAAUGUUUUUUAAAUUUUGGAAUUUAAUAUUGGAUUGCUGUGUGUUUAAGGAAUCAAGAGUUUCACUUUUUUAAUAGAAACCUUUCUACAGUAUUCCAAUUUAUUGAUUUGCACCUCUAUACUGUCCAUCCUAUUAAGUCUUUUAGUCCAAAACACACAAAUCAUUAGUGAUAGCCUCAUUUUUAAUACCAAUUGAUCAGCUUUCAUGUGAAUCCAUCCUUUACAAUCCAUGUUCCAGCUACGCAUUUGGGAGGGAAAACACUGAAAAAAAAUUGUCUGGUAUUCUAACCUUGCUUUGUUGUUCGUCCAUAAUGAGUUAGCUGAGCUGAGAGGAGAUGGAAGGAAACUGGUGGAUUGGAAAAGAAAGUCGUAUUGAUGGCUGUUUGGAGGAUUGUUAACUUGCAGUGUUGGUUUUUCCGCAAGGAGACGUAGAACGCAGACAUUUAAUAUGUGCAAAGAAAUAGAAAAGUGGGUGGAUGGAUGUCAUCAACUGUGGAGCAUAUGCCGACUCCACUUGGUUGUCUACCUCGUCCUCUCUGUCUGCCUCUGCUGUUGAGUGUUUUCCAGACCAAAGGUGAUUGCGGUUGCGAGGUGGAGACUCAAAGGACGUGUUACGGUGCAAUAACAGUCAACUAUUUCCAUUAAUAGUCCUGUUCAAACGAAGCAGCGGUUACUUGCAUAUGAUCUUAAACCACAGUCAAACUGGCAAUUAUUAAAUGUAUCAUCAUGUGUCAACCACACUUUGUGCUAGAGAUGAUAGUCAAGACAGAUUGCUCAUGCAACUGGACGAAACGAGCAUUUUGAGGUGAUUUUAGUGGUAAUUUACUUACUAAAUGACUAAACUUGAUUGAACAGGACUUUACACAUGUACACGCAGCAUUCUCAAAGACAUAAGCUGUUCUCACCACAAUUUUUAGUAAGAAAUCUUUCUAAAAGUUAAACAUUUUCUCCUAAAAUAUACUUUUACCAAUAUCGAACGACUCUUACAAUGUAUGCUACAGACUGAAAAACAGUAUCUUUAAAGUCACUGUAACGUGAACAAAUGACUUCUACCCUGCCAAAUUUGAAUCUUUAAAAAAAAAAUAAUAAUAAAUAAAUAAAUAAAUCAGCAAGUAUAGAAAAUGAGGCUUCAAAAAAAUAAGGCACAGUCUCUACUCACAAACACGUGAAACCACUCCCCGCUAGCCACCAGCUGGCUUGCGACCUAACAGACUUCCGAGGAUCGUGUCGGCCACGAGACGGGCGGCAUCACCUCCUCGUUUGAGAAUUUAAAUAAUGACACCAUGCUGGUUCUAUUAAUUGUGGGAUCAAGGCAUACAUAGCUGGCAAGCUCACUGCAUGCUGUAGUGGCAUUAAUGGGCCUAGUAAUAACUAAGUAACUUGUGAUUGCACCGGAUAAACAUUGCGAACGAAGGCGUCCAACUUAUUAUAUACCGCAGUCGGGGACGGGGGACUCAUGCCAGAUGCUCAAAUUGGUCACUGGGUGCUGUUCAAGGCACGCCCCAAAAAUCUGGGAAACUGAAAUGAUGAAACAGUUCUGCGCUGUAUCUCCAGAAUUCAGCACUGCGUAGUGCUCAGUCUUUGCACGUUUUCGGCAAUUAUCCUUCACAAAUCUCUGAAUUCACUUUACAGGCGUUUUAAUAGGGUUGACAAUUGUGGAGGCAAAAUAUUGACAUAACGUGGUUCCGAUAUCAUAUGGUGAUAUUUUGCCAACGAUGGCAUCGGAUACACUGAUUGGGGGGGAAACGCCUAGUAUGUAACUGAAGGGGCAACUAGUAGACUAAGCAUACAUUCAAAUUAAAGAAUUUAAAUAUUAUUUUUCUCUUAGAAAUAUAGUCCAUGAUAAGCUGAUUUUUUUUUUUUUUUUAAGAGUAUGAAAACAACUAUUCACAUCUAAGUACUUUAUGAAAGCAUAAUGUAAUUGCUGUAUGUUGUAUAUGUACAUUUAAUGUCUUGAAAAUACAAUAAUUACAGCUGGCCAAGUAAAACCACUUUUUCUUUAUAUCCAAAGUUCAUGAUAUCAUUUAAGCAUUGGUUGUAGAUUUUACAUUGAAAUUUGUAUAAUUCAUAGAUUAAUGCUGAAUAUCUUUCUGCUAAUGUUUAGUAAUUUAAAAACAAUUUAUUAUUUCAGAAAAACGUUUUCAGUCAAGCCAAUAUUGGUUGUUUAUUCACUAAUUUUAUGUCCUGAUUUAAGUGUCAUAUCCUACAAAGUUUUCAUGAAUAGUCUUUAUCGAGACGUCAUAUAUAGACUUGUUGUUUAGCAUCGCGUGUAAACAUGUAUGUGGUUUUUCUACAAUUAAGGCUGUUGAGGAUUGUUGAAUGAAUAUAGUGAAGACUUGACUAGGCACCAAAGCAAAUCACUGAGAGAGACACAGAAGUGACUAGUGGUACUGAACAAGCCAGGAAACAGUUAAGUGUCAGAGAGAGAGAGAGAGAAAAUGAUGAGAUGUUGAAAAGAUGGCAGUAAAGAUGAGCGGAAAUGGAAGGAGUGGUAAGGUUGUUGAGAAACUGCAAGUGUGAGACAAAGACAAAUGAAGUUAAGUACGUGCUAAAAGAGAGGAAACUGAGGAGAAAACAUCCGCUGUACAAAGCUUUCAUGGUGUUACACCAACCUUUUUUCGAGCUAGUUGAUGAUUGUUGUUCCGUUCAAACUAUUUAUUGACUGCUGCUACAAUUUUUAUUUUUUAUUUGAAUUGUGUUAAUUGCUAUAAAGACGCUGCUGUCACUUCUUUUUCCCCAAAGGACAAAAUACUUUUGCCAAAAAAGUGAACUCCAAUGCAAAGUCUGCAUGUGUUUUUACCAAAUACUGACGAGAAGAGCACGCGUUGAGGAAGGCGAAAAGCGAGAGAGAGAAAAGCACUAACUGAUGACACAAUGUAACCGCUCGUCACCUCACAUCGUGCGACUAAUGCAAGUCAUUACACCGUAGGCAGGUUCAAGGUUGUCUGUCUGUCCAGAUGCUUUAGGUCAUGUCCAUCCACUGCAAGCUUGACAACUGCACACCAAAGGUGUCCACAACCCCAUAAAUACAUUAUUGUAACAACUCUAUGAAAUUUCUCUAUAGCGCAUUUAAGUGGCUAAAGGGGGCGCUGCGGUGUAGCAGUGCCCCCCUUUGUGUGAUGUUUUAUGCUCUACAGAGGGAGACUGGCACACUAUAACACACAACGGGGGGCCGAGCAGUCCGAAGAAAAGCGGCAUUACUGGAGUUCCGUAACAGGGAAGUCCACCAUCCUAUUUUGGCUUCACUGAAUGUCAGGAAUCUUGAUGGCACCAAAGUGAUACAUGGCUCAGUUUACUGUUAAUCCAGUCAUGCCAAAACAAGAAUGGCAUUCAGGAGAGUGCAGAGCAAGCUUAAAAUUGUACAAUUUAUUGCUAUUAGCAUGUCAGCAUUUUCAGGCACAGAGCCCUAUCGCAACUUGUGAAAACCAGUAAUGCCCCUGUCAAAGGGUUUAUAAUUGCCUAUAGGUGCCACGAGAUGGCAACAAAGCACUGCUUUUGUCUAAAGAAGACGCCUCAACUCACUAACAUAGUGCCUUGACACCAAAAUGGCGCCAAAGUUAAUUUUGCGGCAUGAGCGUAAAAGCAAAUAGCUGAGUGAGUUCUUUAGUAGAUAACAGAGGGUAGGUUUAAUAAAUCAAAAAAUCCGCGGGGGUUCACUAUAUGUGUGAAUCACUACGAAAUUAGAUGAAUCAUAACUUUUUUUUUUUUGUUUGUUACCGUCAGAUUGCACAGAAGUGCCGGAUGCCUCCACCAGAUAGGAAGACAGUGUGACUUAAGUGCUAUCUUACAGAUUGUUUUCUUGUAGUUAUUAUUUACGAUGACCAUCAUUAAAUUAGUUGGUUAAAUGAUGAACAACCUAAACAAAUUAUUUCAACUGAAGUCCUUGAAGAUUGGCUACUGCUGCACCAUUAGCAAUCGACAGGAUUUCACCAAAAAACCUAGCGAAUGUCAACGAAAUUGUGUCAAAUGAAGAGCAUUGCAUUUCGGUGCAGAUUUCGAUAAAGCUGUGAGUCAGAAAAUUUACCUCACCUUGUUACUGUCCACUUGCAUUGGGGCCUGAGUUUGGAAUGUAAGAAGUUUGCCUGUGGAUGGUUUUAGGAGUGACUUUCAACUGUUUCUGAUACGCCGCCACUACAAUUGCAGUUAAAAAUAACCCAACACGUACAACCCCGGUCAGCUUUUAGAGCUGGUGGUGGCCGCUUUCAAAUGUUAUAUAUGGGAAAACCCUGUUUUAAGAUUUGCAUACUGAAUUGACCCCAACAAUUACAAACAUUUUACCCAUCCAGGAUUGAUCAUAGGAUUCUGAGUCUUGACAAUUUCAGGGAAGCCAAAGGGCACCUCAUGGCUCUCAUUGAUACAAAAUGAAGAUGAGAUCCAGUGGUGUUGUCAGCUCGACCCCUUUGUCUACUUUUACUCUGACGAAUAUUGACUUGACUUUAAAGGCACGGUUUACGUCCACGGGGCUGACGUGUACAAAACGUACAUUCAGGUGCUCGGCCUCCAGUUAUGAAUGACACCGGAUGCGUGUCCUCCCCCCAACCCCUGCGUGUGGACCCAGUCUCCCACUGUCUGUCUAACCUUGUUUAGUUUAUAAACUGAUGUGCACCAACACAUGCUCUAUGUGCUACUCGGAUUGUAGAACAGGGGUGGGCCCAGUACGGACCAAUCUGAUCUAGUAGGGCUCUUGGAGGACUUUGUAAAAUCUAGGAAGAAGCUCCCUCACCCCUGAUGUAGAGACACCAAAUAUUUAAAGUGAUCCCACCCUUGCUUGAUGUGUAUAUUAGCUCGCCGGCAUGUAUAUAAACAAUGAAGCUAGCUGCUAGCGCCUACCUGAGCUGUGCCUUGGCGUCCAGCAGCUGUCUCGCGCUCUCUCUUUCUCUCUGUGUAUUUGUGUGUUUUAAAUCCCAUCUGUAAGGAAACCAAAUAUCAUCGUCACUAUGCAGUCAUGCAAAACCAUGUUGGCUUGCUACGAGCGGUACAUUAUAAUGAGACUCCCACCCUCUUAGUGCAACACACAGCAAGUUUUCAAUGAGCUGACAUAUUUAAGGAUUGUAUUAGGGUCGGAGGGAUUUUGUGUGCUUGUGUUUGGUUUUUUUUGGAGGGGGGGGUAGAUCAAUGCUGUAAAAGCAGGGGUGGGGAACCGACAGACCCUGGGUCAUAUACAGUGGGGGAAAUAAUGAUUUGAUCCCCUGCUGAAUUUGUGAGUCUGCUCGCAAAGAAAUAAACAGUCCAAUUUCUGUGGGUGUUCAGUAAUUGUAAUAGACAGACUAUCAAUAACACAAAACGAGUGCACGUGCAUUUUGAGUGAAAGUACUAAAAGUAUAAAACGAAAGAGGUUUUAUUCAUCCUGUGAGGGAAAUCAAAUUGUCACAACAGCUGUAUUCACAGUUGCACAUCUAAUAAUACCAACAAAGUACAAACAAAUAAAAGUCAGCAUUGAGGAGGAACUUUGAAAUGUUUAAGAAAAAAAAAGGAUGUUGCAUGUUUGUAUGUGAUAAGUAAUAUACAUUGGUGCCUAAACAUACGAGUCUAAUUUGUUCCGUGACAACACUCUCUAAUCAUCCUUGCCCUUUGAAAUUAAUGGCAAUACCAUUAAUCCAAUACAGCCCCCCCCAAAGAUUUUUGUUUUUUUAGUAAGAAAAAUGUCACUGUUGUUAUACUUUAAGAACAUACAGUAAUGACAUAAUUACAUACAAUUAUGAAGAAUUCAGCAGUUUUUGUCACAAUCUUAUUUAACUCGAUGAAAUGCACAGUUUAUUUGAUGUAUUUUGACUGAUCUUUCGUUACCGUGAUCAAUAAACAAUGCAAAGAUAUUGGAGACUGUUAACUUCUAUGUAAGUGAGCAAACUUAGCAAUUCAGGAGGGGAUCACAUAAGUAUUUUAUCUGGCCUUUCAUGCAAUAGUAAAACACACAUACAGUGGGUACGGAAAGUUUUCAGACCUCCUUAAAAUUUUUGCUUUUUUUAUAUUGCAGCCAUUUGUUAAAAUCAUUUAAUUUUUUUAAUCAAUGUACACACAGUACCCCAUAUUGACCGAAAAAAAACGGAAUUGUUGAAAUAGCCAUAAGUAUUCAGACCCUUUGCUGUGACACUCAUUGAACUCUGGUGCUGUCCAUUUCUUCUGAUCAUCCUUAAAAUGGUUCUACACCUUCAUUGGAGUCCAGCUGUGUUUGAGAAUACUGAUUGGACUUGAUGAGGAAAGCCACACCCCUGUCUAUAUAAAGACCUUACAGCUCACAGUGCAUGUCAGAGCAAAUGAGAAUCAUGAGGUCAAAGGAACCGCCUGAAGAGCUCAGAGACAGAAUUGUGGCAAGGCCCAGACCUGGCCGAGGUUACCAAAAAAUGUCUGCUGCACUCUAGGUUCCUAAGAGCACAGUGGCCUCCAUAAUAGGUAAAUGGAAGACGUUUCGGACGAUCAGAACCCUUCCGAGAGCUGGCCGUCCAGCCAAACUGAGCAAUUGGGGGAGAGGAGCCUUGGUGAGAGAGGUAAAGCAGAACCCAAAGAUCACUGUGGCUGAGCUCCAGAGAUGCAGUCGGGAGAUGGGAGAAAGUUCUAGAAAGUCAACCAUCCAACCUGACAGAACGGGAGAGGAUCUGCAAGGAGGAAUAGCAGAUGAUCCCCAAAUCCAGGUGUGAAAAACAUCAUUCCCAAAAUGACUCCUGGCUGUAUUAGCUCAAAAGGGUGCUUCUACUAAAUAUUGCGCAAAGGGUCUGAAUACUUAUGGCUGUGUGAUAUUUCAGUUUUUCUUUUUUUAAUAAAUCUGCAAAAAUUGCAACAAUUCCUUUUUUUCUGUCAAUAUGGGGUGCUAUGUCUACAUUAAUGUGGAAAAAAAUGAACAAAUGAUUUUAGCAAAUAGCUGCAAUAUAAAAAAAGAGUGAACAAUUUAAGGGGCUCUGAAAGCUUUCUGUACCCACUGUAAAACUAAUUUAAUCCACAAACCCUCUUGAUAUGUAAAAAUAGACAUUUAAUCACUGCAUUAAUGUAAAAAAGGUUCCUCCCCCUGCUGUGAAGUCUAUCAAGUGCACGUCAUUGUCACAGCUGUAACUGCCGUUCUUUUGUUCCCAUUACUUUUUUUUUGGGGUCAGAAAUGUUGAAUUAUUAAGGUCUCGUAUGAAGCUCAUAAUUCCACUUCUCUCUCGCUCACACACACACACACACACACACACACACACAGUUUGUUAGAAAACUUGUCUGUUUUUUCCCCCCACUUAGCUGUUGUAUGCGUGUACCAAAAGUGUAUUGACGGUGAUGAUUUAUUUAUCCUUUAUUUUGUGUUUAUUUUUUUAUUUUUUAAAUGAUCAUUGUUAUUCGUAUGAUUUAAGGUUUUAAUAUUAUUGUAUUAUGAGUUUAAUUAUGGCUACUAUUCAGGGCAAAGAAGACACCAAAUUGAACAAAUAGAUACUAAAUACACAGUGGAACCUCCAAAGUUGAAGUGUGACUGCUCAGUACAAUAUGAACUAUAAUUAUUAAAUAUCAAUGACAUACACAGUCACGGUUAAAGUUUGGGUAUUUUUGCUUUGUUUUAGUUUUAUUAUACAGUGGCUAACUUCUAUUUAUUACUACCAUAAACUAUGAUGUUAAAAUGUUACUUAAAGCAUUACAUGUACACUUAAACGAUUUAGUGAUGUUUCACGUAACAUUAUUUUCACAUAAUUUUUUGAAUGAGGGGAAAAUAGAACUCAGAAUUCAGAACAACUUGAACAGAACAGAUUUAACUUCAGAGGUUCCACUGCAGGUGAUAGCCUGGUGAAUUCUAGCCGCCACUUGCAACUCAACUUUAAAAGCUAUUGUUAUUAUUAUGUAUUGUUGUGCAUUGAUUCGACAUCUUGAUCAUUUUGACUCAUAGCCCCAAUAUGGGUUAUAAAUUGUGUGUGCUGUUGCUUUAUUUGCUCCCCUGCUCCACAAAUACACCCUUGCCCGGCUUAUGAUUUGACAUAAGUUUUUUUAAUGCUGUGUUAUGAUUAUUUUUCUAUUCUUCCUGGUUUGUUUGAUGCUGUAGUAAGUGAAUUGUUUGGUCAAGUACAAGAGCAUUUGAGCUUUUCUUUUGUUUUCCGAAAGCUGUCGUGACUGAUGUUGCACUUGUAAUGUUUAUUUUUUAUUAUUAUGAUUAUUAUUUUUGUUGGUGUCUUGCGUUGCAGACUGCCCCCCUCUUAUUUUUUUAAAGAGUCACAACAGUUUUUUGUCUUAUUUAUCUGUGACACGGGAAGAUCAUCAUUCAACAGUGUAUUUUCUUCACUGAUUUAUAUUUAUUAUUGAUGUGUGUCUUUUGAUUUUGGUUUGUUGUUUGCUUUUUUUUUUAACAUGACUUGAGAGGCGAGCAGUCAAAAGUAUAUCAUUAUUGUAAUAAUAUACCAAAAUAUACUGAAAUACAACACACAGGACAUUUAUCUUUACUGGCUUAAAUUCCUCCAUUUUAUUUACUGUUUACCCAUGCAAACAAAGGUUCACUACAUUUGGAACUUUGCUCAAUUUGUAUUUUAUUUUAAAAGCCUUCCUGCUUAUGCUGACUCUUUUGAAAUUCCGAGUUAUUAUUAUUAUUAUUAUUGGUUGUUUGUUUGGCUAUAGCUUUACGUUCGUAGUUUUCACAACAAAAACAAGAGAGACAACAUACUGUUAGUUCCCCUUUUUUUGGCACCAUGAAAAUGUAUCAAGUCUCACAGCUUUACUGCCCCUAUUAUUAUUUUUUUAUUUUAUUGCUAUAUUUCACCUCAGCCUGCAUCCCUGUCUCAUUUCAAAAAGAACAAAUGCCAUUAUAUUGUGAAUACCUCAGGAUUCUUUUGAUGAGAAAAACAACAAUAAAACACCAAAAAAAUCAAAAAAAAAAACUCAAAAAGUUGUCUUUUUGUUGUUGUUUUUUUUAACUUUCAGGUUUAAAAACAGAAUAUUGUCAUGUCUUUUUUGUCCACAAGAGGGGGCACGUUAGAGGCGGAAAAAGGCAGUACAUCACAGGAAGUGUUUCUUUGUGUAUUUAUUUUUAUUUAGUUUGGGAUGAUGUAACUUGCCCCUCAUCCCAAAGUCAGCUGGGAUAGGCUCCUGCUCACCUGUGACCCCAAUGUGAACAAGCAAUUUGGGGAGACUGUUACUAAAGAUUUGUGUGUAAAACUAUCCCUCUAUUCAUGUGCCAAUCCCACUCUCCCCUCACUUGUCUCUUUACUGUAACUUUCCAGUUACCUGUAGAACAUGACUGCACAUGCUCCUCACUAAUGCAAGCUUACAUAACACUGAUUUUUAGUACUUAUUUUGUGUGCGCGCUGCAUUGCAUUGCUCUAUACACUGAUGUUCUAGCCAAACCCAGAUUGUCUGCAUACUUCUUUCUGCCGUCUUAACUUUAAUUUACACUGCACCCGCGUGCCAUUGUGAUGCAAAACAGGAAGUGUCAUGCGAGGUGGCGCAACAAGAAGAAGACUGUUGCCCUGCGGCUGCGUAAAAUGAACAAACAGGAUGACGGCGGGCGCCAAGCUCCAUCUGACGCUUUGGUUUGACGCCACAAUGCAAAUGGCAUGCAUGUGUAACCCCAAUUGACAAAAUUCAUAAUUUAAACAGGAAGUUCAAAAAUGGCAAAUUCCCCAUUCAAGAUACUGUUUUACUUUAAAGGGCUGAUUUCUAUUUAAUUGUGAUAAUGUUUGCUGUCCUUUUAUUGGGUUUGCAUGAUCAUUUUGGUUGGAAAUGCCCAAAAUGUCCUUUGAAAACAGCUUGGCUCUGAUUGGUCCAUGUCACGGCGUCUGCUAGAUUGUGAUGUCGCGUCCUUCGAUGCCUAGUUUCGACUUGGGUUCCUCGCAAGAGUUAGACACACUGAACGCGCAUUAACUUCAUUAGCGCCACACUCGUGAUAUGCUUCUACCACCUACCGAGGUGCGCUCGCUCCGGCAAGAGAGUGCUGCGAGUGGCCACGGGGGCUCACU